AUGAGUUUCAAACUCUGGGACACAGAGUAUGACAUAGCGUUGCAUUCACAGGUGUGUCCUAAAGCAACUAUAGAGCAGCCGGCCGCCUUUGCUUCCCGCGCCCGUGGGAGGAGGGUGGCUCCCGCCCCACCGGGGCCGCGGGCAGUCACGGGAGGGGCGGAGGCGCCACCUGCGCCGGCGGCGUGGGGGUGCGUGGGGGGGGCGGCGGCCGCCGCUCGGCGAAGCGGGGGUCGGCUUUCCUCCGCUCCCCCCACCCUCCCCGCGGCCACGGCCGGCUGCUGCCUCUCCGCCGAGGCGAAGGCGUCGCGGCGCAUCAGCGCCGAGAUCGAGCGGCAGCUGCGCCGGGACAAGCGGGACGCCCGCCGGGAGCUGAAGCUGCUGCUGCUGGGCACAGGAGAAAGUGGCAAGAGUACAUUCAUUAAACAAAUGAGGAUUAUUCAUGGAUCAGGUUACACAGAAGAAGACAGGAAAGGCUUCACAAAACUGGUUUACCAAAAUGUAUUUACUGCCAUGCAAGCAAUGAUCAGAGCCAUGGAUACUCUCAUGAUACAGCACACAUCCAAAGAGAACGAGGUGAGUGCUCCGAUGAUCAAAGAAGUGGAAGUGGAUGAAGUGACAGUGCUGGAAAAAAAACAAGUUGAAGCAAUCAAAAAUCUCUGGGAAGACCUAGAUCAAGAAUGCUAUGACAGAUGGAGGGAGUCCCAGCUUUCAGACUCUGCUAAGUAUUAUCUUACUGACCUUGACCGUAUUGCCAUGCCCUCACAUUUGCCAACUCAGCAAGAUAUUCUUAGAGUCCGAGUGCCAACUACAGGAAUUAUCGAGUAUGCUUUUGAUUUAGAAAAUAUUGGAUUUAGGAUGGUGGAUGUAGGUGGCCAAAGGUCAGAAAGAAGGAAGUGGAUCCAUUGUUUCGAAAGUGUCACUUCCAUCAUUUUCUUAGUUGCAUUAAGUGAAUAUGAUCAAGUCUUGGCAGAAUGUGACAGUGAGAAUCGAAUGGAAGAAAGCAAAGCCUUAUUUAAAACUAUCAUUACCUAUCCCUGGUUUCUGAAUUCUUCAGUCAUUUUGUUUUUAAAUAAAAAAGAUCUUCUAGAAGAGAAGAUCAUGUAUUCCCAUCUAAUUAGCUACUUUCCAGAAUACACAGGACCUAAACAAGAUGUCAAAGCUGCCCGAGACUUCAUUUUGAAGCUGUAUCAGGAUCAGAAUCCAGACAAGGAGAAAGUAAUCUAUUCACACUUCACUUAUGCUACAGACACAGAAAAUAUUCAUUUUGUCUUUGCUGCUGUCAAGGACACAAUCCUGCAAUUAAACUUGAGGGAGUUCAACCUGGUUUAA